AUGCCGCUCUCCCUAGCCAAACCGCCUUGCGACUGUCUUGCGCGGACAGCCGAAGCCCUCGAUCGCUUCCCAAACUUCUCGACUAAGUCUCCACCAGAUAUCCAUUACAUACCUAUGGAUGGGGUACUCAUCAUGGGGGCAGGGUUGGUCGAGCAUUGGGAACUACUAAAUGGCUGCGAAACCGAUACACAUCUGGACGCGAAAAUGAUGCAAACGAUGAUAGAUGCUGUGACAAAGACGCUCACGCUGUACGAGGCAGCGCUGGAAUUGAUACUCGGAAGCUGGAGUCAGACCCAGGAGCCUAACGGUGGGGGUAUCGAUCGAUCCGAUAAUCUGUCAAGCACCCAUGAAAGAAGCAGUAAUAGCUCAGUGGAUACAAAGCCCACAGUAAUUGUCACCGAGGUGACGGUUUAUCUCGGGAGACUGGAGCUAGGUAGGGGAGGAAUCCGCGAUAGUGGCGCGCGGGGCUUUGCAUCAUGCUACCAUGCGAUUGGGGGAGAUGCUGCAUGA